AUGGAUCUCAUUGGUGCUGCGGGCAAGAUUAUAUCUCUCAUCGAAACAGGAAUCCAAGUUUCCGAUCAGCUCAAGGCAAUCGCCAAGUCGGAACACAAGCUGCCGCCUGACUUGGUGCAUCUUCAUAACAAUGCUCAACAGAUCAUGGAGAUAAUAGAGGCGCUUCCCUCUAUAGGAAUAGGUCCCUCUAUAGGAAUAGGUUCGAUCAACAAUGAGAGGGUCGGGUUGCUGGAAGAUAGGGCGAAGAAGAUCUCCAGCAAAGUGAUCGGCAUCAUGGAUGAAGUGAACCCAAAGUGGCGGCAGAAGCAAGAUGCUUCCUUGACUUUAUGGAGGUCAUAUUUGAAGAAGAAGGAUAUUGAUUCAAUUGGGCGAGACUUUAAGAACUUGCAAGAACAGAUGAAACUCGCUCUACUUGAUCUCGUCUGCCAAUCAAGCUCCGAAGCCAGAUCGCAAUAUGAGGAAUUGCACAGGAGGGCUACCCAGGGCGAUCAGCGAGUGAUUGGCAUUGAGGGCUCAAUUCAUAAGCUUAACCAGGGAUUGCAUGUCGUUCGAAAUUCGAUCUACGAGCUCGGUAAACAGAUCGGAUCAGCUACCUUCACCGAAAAAAGUUUCUUUAGGCAGGCAUCUCAAAUCUUCGCCAUGGAAUGGAAGCUUUCCGUUAUUCUGUCAAGAUUGACAAAAGACUUCCAAGAAAAAGACUUGAAAGCCAGCGCAAUAGCCAAAUCAGACCCUGGAACUUUCGACUGGAUGACUCAAGGUUCCAACUACCGUCACAAAUAUCCCGAUAAUCUAAACGACAAAGAAAGACUGGUGUAUGAUGAAUGCGAUCCAGAUAUGCUCGAACAUUACGUGGAAGCCUCGGAUAACUUUCGAUCUUUCCUACGGGGACCGUCUGGAGCAUUUCUCAUAUUGGGGAAACCUGCUUCUGGAAAGUCAACGCUCAUAAAAUAUCUCAUGCGCAACUCAGUCGUCUUGGAAGAUCUUGAACAAUGGGCUUCAAAGACAGGCAAGAGCCUGAUACGAGCAAUCUUCUUCUUCUCUGUUACGCAAGGCAGCGGUGCAUUAUCGUCUGAGGAGAGUCUGUACAGGUCUCUUUUAUUCCAAAUCCUUCAUGAGUGUCCGGCUCUCGUGGAUGAGGUUUUACCUGGAGAGGCCAGACUUUCAGAGUCUAUUCCACUUCCAUCCGAAACUGUCCAGGACGCCAUCAAAUAUAUCUUCUCGAAUAAGUCCAAUCUGGCUGAUAAAUACUGCUUCUGCUUAUUCAUUGAUGGGAUCGAUGAGUACCGAUCGAAUUAUUCGGAGACAAAACGCGGGAAAACACAAAAUAAUUAUGAUAUUAGUGAAUUGGCACAUCAUUUGGUGGAGUGGUGUCAACACGACGCCAACAACACCAAGAUUAUAUUCUCAUCAAGAGUAAUACCCGCCCUGGAUGAAAGAUUCUCCACCAAGCAAAAGAUCUUACUACAUUUCCAUACAAAGAGGGAUAUACUUCAAUCUGCCUUUUCAAACUUCAAGAGGCAUUCCGAGGCAGUCCCCGAGAACUAUGUUGAACUAAGUACAGCUAUAUGUGACCAGGCCCAAGGUGUAUUCUUGUGGGCUCGCCUUGUGGUCAAGGAUAUACUUGAGGCUUAUACCGAUGGUGUAGAUCCUGACACAUUUCCAGACAGAAUCAAAGCGACACCAACCGACAUUGCUGAUCUCUACGCAAAAAUUAUGGAAAGAGUAAAAGAGCAAGACAGGGAGGCAUCGGCGAUGAUUCUGCGCCUCGCAGCCUUUCAACCAGCAGGAUUUCCCUUAAGCACUCUCGUUUGCACUUGGUUGGACAACCUCCUCAAAAUCGCCAACUUCCCGUGCAAUGAACCGGCAGAGCUAUACGGCAAAGAUAAGGUUAAGCAACAUCGCAAAAGAGCCAUUCAGCGCCUGGCCGCCUUGACUCACGGAAUCUUGGAGGCCCAAGAUGUUGACUUGUCGGCGUUACAAAACGCUCCGGAUGAAACAAGGUAUUUCUUUCAAUCCGAGGUUGUAUUCUUGCAUCGCACUGCGCAGGAUUUCAUUAGAGGCCUCCUAAUGAGAGAUGCCGAAGAGGCAGCCAGCGACAUCCUCCUCCCGUGGCUGCGAGGAACAGAUAAUGUCAGCGGAGAUGAUUGGCCAAAGAGCUGGCGCGCGAAUCUUUUCGUUCGAGUAUUCCACGCUGAAGUGAGAUUCGGUAUACUUCGCGCUGACGAUUAUGGCAAGCCUCACGAGGAUCUAUUGGAUUUCGGCUUUUGGGCUGAAGAUAUUUCGCUAUUGCAACUAUCCGAUUUUAAAACUUUGUCUGAAUUCUCGUCGUUUGCGCACCGCUACUGGAAUUUUUAUAGAGAUAUUUCAAAUAUCGCGGACCUAUAUCACAGCGAUGGCUCAUAUUCCAUUUCCGGGUCGCAACUCCACUUACCAAGUAGAUUCACUCUACAAGUGGCACUUUCUAUGGGCCAAGACGUGGGCAUCUGGAUGAGAAAGAGACAUCUCUCGCGCAGGUUGAGCUCUCAGAUGGCUCUUUUAUGCAGCACCAUGUCAACCGCUGUACGCCUAGAUGACCUCAAAUGGCUGCUACAGACCAAAAGGGUUUGUGCCACCGACAAGCGCCCAGUGUGGUCCCCCAGCGAUUCUAAUUAUGUCCUAGAUGAGUUAGAAAAGAUGAGAGCAGCUGACCAGGGACAUGUUGAUGGUGACUAUCCCUGUGAAGAUUCUGAUGUCCUUCCUAUUCAGACGCGCUGCCAAUGGGUUCAGGUCUGGUUGAUUUGCCUGUAUGUGUCUGGAACCAGGGCUCGUUUAGCAGCAACCGAGACUUCGAAUUUCAGACAAUUUCGUUAUAGACAAUUUUUCAAUCAUCAAUGCGAGAUGCUGGAAUUGUGGCUCCGCUACGGGGCAGCAACUGAUGCUAUUAUCCUCAUCGCACCUGAAAGAGAAGAUCCAGAUGAGCCUUUCGAAAUCGAAGCCGGGGAUAUAUCCUAUAUCGAGAUUGAACAACUUCUCCAGUUAGGUGAAAAACCCCCCAACUUUCAGGCCCUCCAAUCUUUGCUUGCUAGGAGGCAUAAAGCAUGGAUUUCAUGGCUUACAGAUUGGAUAUCGUGGGCAUGGACGUCGUGGAUAAUACGCUGGGUAAUAUGCGGGUGGGCGUAUCAUCUUCCCAAAAACAGUGAUGCUAUUCCUAUUCGUAAGAAGUAUCGACAGGCAUCUCCCCAAGAGGUUUCCCUGUUAGAGUGGGAGAUGUACGGCGUCGUAUCUGAUGAUGAUGAAUUGGUUGGAGACUUCAUAUUUCAACUUGCGUAUUAA